UUAGAAGAAACUUCACUCGCUUCACUUCGGUUCUCAUUAAUCUCGUCGUCAUCCUUUCAUUUAUUCUUGCAAUAAAUUCUCAAUUAAACGAAGCUCAUCAGCAGACUCAUUCUUACCCAUUCUCUAUGGAGCCAAGAUGGAAAGGAAAGGCAGCAAAAGCCAAAGCUUUUGCUGAUCCCAUGUCGAAAAUCGUUUUAGAGCUUCAGUCUUCUCUUGUCCGAUCGGAGGCUCAGGCUUUGCUUGCUGGGUGCAGUGCACUUCUUGCAGUGGAAUCAGAACAAAAUGAUCUUCUCAAUCGCGCAUGUUUUGGUCGACUCAUUGUAACAACUGAGAAGGAGAAGCAGUGGUUUCAAUUGAGUAUGGAGGAAGCUUUCUAUUUAUGCCAUUCUUUAAAAUGCCUCAAGAUUAAUGUUGGUGAAGAUAAUUGUCCGAAGAAUGAUGAAGAGCUAUGGGAGUACAUGAAAUCCAAGAAGGAAAAAUUCCCUUUAUUUUACAAAGCUUAUUCACAUCUUCGAAACAAAAAUUGGGUUGUGAGGUCAGGAUCACAGUAUGGUGUGGAUUUUGUUGCUUAUUGUCACCAUCCAUCUCUGGUUCAUUCGCAAUAUGCAGUGCUCGUUUUAUCAGGAGAUGAUGUUGAUGAUGCAAAUCACCGUUUAAGAGAGUGGUCUGAUAUUCAUUGCACGAUUCGACUUUGUGGCAGUGUUGCAAAAACAUUGUUGGUUCUUUACAUCAAUAAGAAUGAUCAAGGUACUGUCUCUCCAUCAUGUUUGGAGGGUUAUGCUGUUCAAGAGCGAACAAUAAUGAGAUGGAGUCCACAGCAGUGCCGAGAAGAUCAAGCAGCAGUUGAAAAUGGAAUCAAGUAAGAAAGAUUUUCGAUUAUAUAUCUUCUUUCAAGAAAGAAUAUCUUUUCAUUACUUGAUAAAAAGAAGGCUUAUGCUUUCUUAAUAUGUUUUGCAGCAUCCCGUAGUUUGUUAAUAAGUCUCAUAGAUUAAUUUUUUUACCCUUGUUUUUCCUUUGCACCUUGAGAUUUCUAGAGAUUGUGCUUUAUUCGCUGCCUCCUCAACUUUGAUAUUAGAUACAGUUGCUCUUCUAUGUUUGGUGAUUGGAAUUUGAGCAAGAGAUGGAUUUUCUAUAAUUAAUUUUCAGUUUUAAAAGCAUCAUAUCUCUUUGUUCA